GAGAUGACGCGCACGCUCCCGGCCGCACGUCGCGCGAGAUGGCGGCAUGCGUCCGUGCGUGCGCGUCCCCGUCCCCGCGGGGCGGCCGUUUGAAGCAAAGAUCCUAUAGGAUCUGUGGUUUGAAGCUUCUUUGGUUUGAAGGCGCGAGUGGCGCCAGAUCCCUGGGCGGGAGCGAGGGAACGAGAGGGAGCGCGCGCUCCUGGCCCGGGACCACCCCGCACCAAUGCAGCGGUGAACUAACCGACGCCCAGGCCCGAGUGGCCGACUAUAACACUAAGGGAGCCAUGGCAACGCGCCAGACUAAUGGAUUGAAAGAUUCCCAAAAGGUUUUAGAUUACACUACAUUGAAUCAUACAGUUGAGGAGAUAAAAGCUUUUCUCAUUAAUGAAGAUGAGUUGCACCAGUUUGAUGAUCUCACCAAAGUCAAUCCAGUAACAACUGCCACAGUUUUAAGAUGUCUCCAAGCAAGAUAUGCAGCUGGUGUAUUUUACACUAAUGCAGGUUGUACACUAGUGGCUCUAAAUCCAUUCCAGUGUGUGCCUAACUUGUAUUCCUCUGAGGUCAUGAAAGAAUACCACCAUGUGUCCCAACCGCAGGAAUUGAAGCCUCACAUCUUCACGGUAGCUGAACAAGCCUUCAGGAAUGUACAUAGCCACAUUGAACCAAUUAACCAGUCACUGAUAGUUAGUGGAGAGAGUGGUGCUGGAAAGACAUGGACAUCUCGAUGCCUUAUGAAUUACUUUGCUACAGUUGCUGCCUCAUCCACCUCUGUAAAGUGCCAAGAAAAUGUGGAACGGAUAGAAAAGAGAGUACUGGACUCCAAUCCCGUGAUGGAGGCAUUUGGAAAUGCUUCCACUUUAAGGAAUCACAACAGUAGCCGAUUUGGAAAAUACAUCCAACUCCAAUUAAACAGAUGCCAGCAGCUGCAGGGAGCUUCUGUGCAAACUUACCUGUUGGAGAAAACACGAGUUGCCUAUCAAGCUCCUUCUGAAAGAAAUUUUCACAUUUUUUAUCAGAUAGUGAAAGGAGCGACUGAGGAACAGAAAUCGGAGUGGGGUCUUCAUGAAGCAGCAGAAUUCUUCUGGUUACCAAAUGCUGAGAAUACUUUAGAAGAGGACCAGUUUGAUGAAACCAAAAAUGCAAUGCUACAUUUGGGUAUUGAUCAUGCCACCCAACAUCAAGUGUUCACGAUUCUCGUUGGCCUUCUGCAUCUCGGCAAUGUGCAGUUCAGCUCUCCAAUGGAUGAGUCUUAUCCUUGUGAUCUCAAAGCAGAAGCUAAAAGCUUUCUUGCAACCACUGCAAAUCUACUGAAAAUUUCUGAGGAGGACCUUUUGGAACAGAUAAGAAUUCGGACUAUAAAAGCAGGCAAACAGCAUCAGAUCUUUAAAAAACCAUGCUCUAAAAUGGAAUGUGAGACAAGAAGAGACUGUGUGGCAAAAGUUAUCUAUGCAAAACUGUUUGACUGGCUGGUAAAAGUUAUAAAUGGCUCUAUUUGCUCGCAUUCUUUCGGAUGGACCAAUUUUAUAGGUCUACUGGAUGUAUAUGGAUUUGAGUCAUUUCCACAAAAUAACCUGGAGCAGCUUUGUAUUAACUAUGCAAAUGAGAAGCUCCAGCAGCACUUUGUUCGACACUAUCUCAAGGCACAGCAGGAGGAAUAUACCUCAGAGGGUCUAGAGUGGUCUUUCAUCAGUUACCAAGAUAACCAGAGGUGUUUGGAUCUGAUUGAGGGGAACCCCACCAGCAUCUUUUCCCUUUUAAAUGAGGAGAGCCGCCUUAACCGAAAUUCAGAUGAAAACCUAUUUAAAACCCGCCUACAGACAGCUUUGGCUAAGAACCAUUGUAUCAGCUGGGAUGUGUUCAGUAAGGUUCCGAACUUCAUUGUUGCUCAUUAUGCAGGAAAGGUCAACUACCAGAUUAAAGGAAUGGUGGAGAAAAACAAGGAUCCUGUGCCACCAGAGCUGAUGCAGUUGUUGCAGACAUCCCGGGAUGUCCUACUGAUGGAGCUAUUUCCCAUCGAAGAGAAAGCACACAAUGACACUAAAGUGCAGAACAAAGCUGUUACUGUGGUCUCUAAAUUUAAGGGUUCACUAGAGAGCCUCAUGCGUAUUUUGAACAGCACUACACCUCACUACAUCAGAUGCAUAAAGCCAAAUAUGGAUUGCAAGCCUCAUCUUUUCACGUCACAGGAGAUUUUCACCCAGCUGGAAGCCUGUGGUUUAGUUGAAACAGUUAACAUAAGUGCAGCUGGGUUCCCCAUUAGGGUCCCAUGCCAGCAUUUUCUGGAACGAUAUGGACUGUUAGAAAAAUAUGGCCCAAUUAAUUUACCAAGUCCAGCCAGCGUUAAUGGAUGCUUUUCAACAAAAAAAGGGAAAGGUUCAUUAUCAACAGAUGGCAGCAGUGAGACUUUGCAGCCCGCUGUGCAGGACAUUCUCUCUCAUGUAUUAGAUGGUCAAAGUAUUGUAUCGUCAUUCCAUAACCCAGCUGCGAACCAGUUUCGUCGCUCAAUAGUGCACUGUGGCAAAACAAAAUUAUUCAUGACUCAUGGUAUGCUUGAACUGCUUGAAAGUGCAAGAAAUCAAACACUUGACAAGAAGGCGCUUUGUAUUCAAUAUAGCUGGCGCAGAUACCGCCAGAGAAAAUUAGCACGAUCAAGACGGGCAGCAACCCUCAUUCAAGCAGCUAUUAGAUCAUGGUUGACCAGACAGUGGAUUAAGAAACUCAAUCAUGCUGCCAUUGUGCUACAAAGAGCAUGGAAAGCCUGGAAGAUUAAAAUGGAAACCUUGGCAGAUGAUGAGUUGGAUGAUACAUCAUACUUUAAAGAAAUAGAAUUGAUUCCAGGUUCUCCUAAGUGCUCAUCUUUAUUUCUCCCACUACGUGCGUCACCAAAUAAGCAGUCUCAAUCAAUUUGUGUUGAAAAUCUAAACCCGUGCUCUUGGCCUCUGGGUCUGACUCUGUCAUCUUUUUGCAUUACUACAAUGACUCCAUCUGCAUAUGAAAUUCUUAAGGCUUUUGCUCGACUGACAAUCUUGAAGUUGAAGUGGAGAAAUAACCAUAAAUUAAAGCACACUCGGUCUCAUCGGGGUAUUGCUUCCAUUAGAGCAUUACCUGAGGUUCAAGUAAAGUUCCACUGUAAACGAUCUCCGCUGCUUUUUGCUGACACUUAUCCAGAACAUCAAAAGUGUAUGAUCAUUGGCUUUAACCAGAUCUUAUUGGAAAAGGUGUAAAGUUAAUCAUUUUAUCAACAUACCUUGCCCCCAUUGUCUACUUAACAGUAUAUAUGGAACCUUGUAAACACAAGCCUCCUUGUAAAAAAAUCAGUACGCUUCUGAUAAUGAUAGCAGUCAUAAAAAAAAAUGUUGAUCAACCCUUGAUCAGAUUAACUCAAAUAUAAUGUUUGGGCAAAAUGCAUUUGUAAUGCAAGAGCACAGAUUUGUAUUUGCACUGUUCUGAUUUCAUGUUUAAUGAACGUUACAUACAUUUUAUUUAGUAAAAUGUCAAUGUAAAUUGACAAUGACAAUGUCAACAAAAAUAUUUUUUUCAAGAAAACAAAAUAGGAUUAUUUGCAUUAGGAUUGCUACAAGAAAUUAUUUGUGAAGAGCAUUUCAUACCCUACAGUGCAUCACAUUACAUUUAUUAAGUCCAUGGUUAUUCUUUCCUCAUGAGAAAUUUAUCCAACCUAUCAUUUCAUUAAUACUUGCAUUUUUAUGUUAAAUUUGGUUGUACACAAAAUAACUGCCAUCAAUUCAACAUGCAUCUGAAAAAAAAAGGUACAAAUUGGUAUUUAGCUCCACGAGAUAAGAAUUAUUUAAGUUUUUUGCUGUGCAGGGAAUCUCUAGGUAACAUGCAGUUUUUCAAGCUUCUGCACUAAAAUACUUUCUCAUGAUUUUGUUUGCUUAAAUAUUUUAUGAACAUAUUUUGUUUAACAUUAACAUUCUAACAUUAAGAUGUUAGCAAAACAGUCAGUGCUGUUUUGCUAACAUCUUAGUGCUGAAUAUUGACUUGAGAAAUUAAUAUUAUUUUCUUGUGCAACAUCAGUAUUCUUGAUUAUUGUGUAAAGAGCUUGCUAUCUUGCUUUGAUAAAGUUGAUUAAAGUUAAGUUAAAUUUAAACUUUAAACAUUAAAGUUUAAAGUUGAAUUGAAUUGAAAUUCCUCCUAGCGAUAUACUGAUUGGUGACUGUAAAAUGUUAUAUUGUUUUAUUUUUUUAGAUUACUGUUUUUCCAGACAGCUGUCAGAUAUUUUGGUUUUUGAUAACAAGUUGUUUUAUGGAUAAUACCAUAUUUCAUUAUCAAUGCUGCUCUAGUCAGGGCUCAUUUGAGCAGCGGUCUCCUCCAGAUGGAGAUUUUGUCUUGCAAAACCAGUUUAGUCAAGUGGGUUGAAUUAGCAACAAAUAUAUGGUUAUGAUUUUGAUAUAGUUUAAAAAAUAAUUCUGAGCAUUCAAUUAUACAGUGACUGAUGGUUCUUUUUGUUCAGUUUUCCAUAGUAUUUGUUGGUUGUUCAGUGUUUUGCCCAACUAUUUUCCAUUAUAUACUUCACUAUGCUUUCCAUUAUAUGAAAAACAGAUCGGCAAAAUGCUGAACAACUUUCCAUUGUGUGCUCAAGGGACAAACUUCCUAUCACUUUCUGCAGAGCCUUAAUUGUCACCAUUAACUUGGUGUAUCGGAUUAUUGGGGUUUGCAUCCUUACCUCACAAAUAGUUUAAUAUCAUAUGCAUGGACUAGCUAAUUUGCCUUGAUUCUUCAUAGAUAUCCUAUGUUCAAAGAAAUAAACAAUGUAUGUGUUUUUAAAUUAAUUGAGACAGAGUAUGAAGAGAGCUGCUAAAGGUUUUGUGCAAAGCUUCAUUGAAGCUGUUAGCCCUUUUUGGAUUAAUGUAAAGAAAUAUAUUUAGUAAUAUAAACUAAUCUACUUUGGAAGAUGUAUUUGAAUUAUUCAAAUAAAUUAUCAUGGAAAGUAAUUAUUCUGGGCAAUGAAAAGAACUGCUGCUACUGAAUUUCUUAAAACGAUAUGUCAUCUCUUAAUUUUCUACAAGAAGCCUAAGUACCAAUAAUGUAUUUGUUUAUUUAUUUGAUUUUGUCCAAUCUUGUGCAUGAUUUUUGUCUAUUCCAUAGUAUCCUGUGUUUUCCAAAAUCUAGAGGCUGUUACCAAACAAAAAUCCAGGAUCAAUGAUGGAAUUAGUUUUUGAAAAAUCACAGAGGUGAUGAAUGUGUUCAUGUGAGAGAUCAGAUAUGCUACAUAUGAAAUGAAAGUAAAUCUUAAAGAUGGGAAACUGAUGCAGAAUUUACGAUGUGCAUAAACAUUUUAGCAUUCAUUGUUUUUAAAUCAGAGCUGUCAUUUUGUCAGCAUCUAUUUUGUAGAGCAUUGUUAGUUUGUAAUAUUUGUAAUGUCUAGCAGGAAAUAUAUGUCAAUGAUUUCUAUUCCAAAUCUGCACUUUAUAAGAAAGAAUAUUGCUUGGGCUCUGUUCUUCAAAACCAGAAUGUCUUAAAAAAAAUUGUAUAAUACUUGUCAAAAAAAGCUAAAUGUUUUUAUCGAUGGGUUCAAUUAGAAAUGCUUUUGAAAUAUGUUGAAUUUGGAAUUAUUGACAAAUUUAAACCGCUGUUUGACAUCUUGGAUAUGUUUUUAAUCAAAACAGGAUCAAUUUUACUCUAACCAUCAUUAAUCAGUUAAUGCAUUUUAACUAACUUUCUUGUUCUUGUUAUCAUUAAAUAGAUUAUUUCACAAUA